GAAGGUAAUUAAUCUCUACGCUUCUCUCUCUGCAAUUACUCCUUGAGAGCAUCUCUCUCUAAAAUACCGAGUAUUGCUGACUUGAGCGUCGAAGUGUUUUCCCCGAGGAAACAACCUCGGGAUUUUCAGGUGUAGAAGCAGCUGAGGACUUCAACAGUGUUGGACUGCGAAGCUGCCGAAACAUUGGCGCCGUCUGUGGGAAACCGAACAAGAAGUUGUGUGACUUAACCUGCUGAAAGACAAAAUGGUCCGUACUUUUACAAGAGGUCGCCCUCCAAGAAAUGAGAUGGACGAACAGGAGGACGCUCAAGCAUCUGAGCCCGGCUUAAAUGAUUUUAGACCAAUGCCCAGAAACCUUUUUGUUGGGGGAGCAGAACAGGAUCACCUAAGCGAAACAGAUGAUGAUGAAAGAACACCAACUGGGUAUGCAACCCAGCCUGAACAGUUCCAAGUUCCAACAGGAACAAGAUUGAGACCUUCUAGACCAUACAAUUCACAGCGUGAACGACCUGAAAGGGAUGCACAACCAGCUGCGGUUGUUGCAACUCGAAACUCCCCUGCUCUAAGCAACAUAGUGGUGCCGACCAAGCCAAGGGGAAGUGGAAAGCUAAAUAUCGAGCCCAGCUCAUCCAAGCACAGCGAAGAACUGUUGAAAAAGAACGCAGACCUUGAAAGGCAGCUACGAGAGGUACAAAAGUCUAUAGACGAGCUGAAAAGUCCCAGGUCGUAUCAGCAAACUCUUGAUUUAGAUAGCACCCCAUUGAACCUAUUCAUCACAGCAGAACCGUAUCAAGAGGGAUUCAAAAUUCCCCAUUUAGAGACGUAUGAUGGCUCGGGCGACCCGGAUGAACAUCUGCACACUUAUCAAGCCAUCAUGAGAAUCCAAAACGCCAAUGAUGCCAUGAUGUGCAAAGUGUUCCCAGCAACACUUAAGACAACAGCCAGGAGAUGGUAUCACAAACUCCCCAGACAUUCCAUAGACUCAUACUCCCAGCUCGCCAAGCUAUUCUCCAACAAAUUUGCGAGCCAAAGGGAGAUUAAACGUACAGCGACUGAACUAAUGCAGCCUGGCCGGUUUUUGGAUGACCUGCUGGAGAAUCCACCUAGGUCAUGGAAUGAAGUAAAUGACAGGCACGGAAAAGAACCCAAGCAGCCUGAAAACAAAGAUGACAAGAAGAAACAGAAGGUUGGCGAGCAGAGAGGGAAACCACCCUCUUAUCCAAAAUAUGACAGCUAUAUACCCCUGAGCUCGUCACGAUCCCAAAUAUUGUCGCAAAUACAGUAUUGGGUCAAGAGACCCCCUCCACAAACACAUGAUUCUUCACGAGCUAACAGAAGCAAAUACUGCGACUAUCACCGUGUCUACGGCCAUAACACAGAAGAUUGUCAGAAUCUGAAGGACGAGCUCGAAUUCUUGGCUCACAAUGGAAAAUUGGAGGGGUAUCAGCUCGGUAGCAAUCCAAAUUCUUACCAGACAGGUCCGUACUCAUUUGAGCCGAAUAGAGCAUACAGAGGACGCCCGUUCAAUAGGCGUGGGCAAGGACAGAAAGCACCUACGCAGAACCAAAAAGACAACAGAGGAGUCGGGUACGGUGGAAUACCCCCCCCAUCUGGCACAAUCAAUAUGAUCUCUGGUGGUAUACAUGCAGGAGGUCAAAGCGCCCCAGCCCGCAAGGUGUACGCUCGCCAAGUGAUGACAGUAAAUAAGAACCGGCCUCUUAAGCGUCCAUUUGAAGAGGCAGAGUGGGAGAAUGCGGCCAUAACGUUUAGCCCGGCAGAUUACCAGCGAGCAGGAGAGCCUGACGUCGUGAUGCCUCAUGCGGAUCCUUUUGCAGCAACAGUCCAUAUAGGCAACCAUAACGUCAAUAAGGUCUUCAUUGACACUGGGAGCUCGCUUGAUAUCCUGUAUUGGAGCUGCUUUCAAAAGAUGCAACUGAACCCCAGCUCGUUACAAAAAUACGAAAGGCCUAUAUAUGGGUUCGACAAUCAACCUGUUCCAGUGGAGGGAGUAAUUACACUUCCCAUUUACGUGGGCUCAGAACCACACUUCAGGAUGGCCUCAGUCAGCUUCCUGGUCGUCAAAAUGGAAUCAGCCUUCAACGCCAUACUAGGAAGGGCUACUUUGUGCGAACUGAAGGCUGUCAUCUCACAACCCCAUCUCUGCAUGAAAUUCCCAACGCCUCAGGGGGUGGGAGUGCUGAAGGGGAAUCAGAAGAUGGCCAGGGCAUGUUAUAAGGAUACGUUCAAGAAGGUUGAGCUCGCGAAAGCAGAGCCGGUAGAGCCAAUGGAAACCGUUCCUUUAAACCCUGAUGUGCCGGAAAGAACAGUAAAGAUAGGCACCAAACUCACAAAAGAAGAACGAGCAGAGCUUCUGGAGUUUUUGAGGGUCAAUCAAGAUGUGUUCGUGUGGACUACUGAUGAAAUGCCUGGCAUCCCGGCGGAGUUGACAGUCCACAAACUCAGCACAGAUCCCACCAGAAGGCUGGUGGUGCAGAAAUGUCACCUUUUUGGCCCAGAGAAACAAGCCGCCAUAGACGAGGAGAUACAAAAGCUGUUACAGGCAGGCUUCAUUAGAAGAGUGGAGUACUCUGAAUGGGUAUCUAACCCCGUGCUCGUUAAAAAGCCAAAUGGCAAGUGGAGGAUGUGUAUUGAUUUCACCAACCUCAAUGACGCAUGUCGAAAAAACCCUCAUCCGUUACCAAACGUCGAGAAGUUGGUAGAACGGGCAGCUGGACACGAACGGAUGAGUUUCCUAGACGCCAGCUCAGGUUACCACCAGGUGCAGCUGUUGUUAGACAACCAAGAAAAAACAGCUUUUUAUGCUGAUGACACAAUAUACUGCUAUGUCAUGAUGCCAUUUGGCCUCAAAAAUGCUGGAGCAACAUACCAGAAGCUGGUGCAAAUCAUCUUUAAGCUCCAGAUCGGCAGAAACAUAGAAGUGUAUGUAGAUGACAUGAUAGUCACUAGCAUGCGAGCUGAGGAUCACAUCGACGACCUGGAUGAAACUUUUCAAAACUUGCGUCGAGCCCAAAUGAAGCUGAAUCCCUUGAAAUGCACGUUUGCUGUAGAAUCAAGGAAAUUCCUAGGGUACGUGGUAUCCAAGAAAGGAAUCGAAGUAAAUCCAGAGAAAGUCCAGGCCGUUCAGCAGAUGGAGUCUCCGAAGACUGUAAAAGAUGUACAGCGUUUGACAGGUCGGGUGGCUGCGUUGCACAGGUUUAUAGCCAGAUCGGCAGAAAGGUGCCUUCCGUUCUUCAAAGCCCUGCGGGAGCCUAAAAACUUUCAGUGGACUGGCGAAUGUCAACAGGCGUUUGACGAACUCAAACAGUAUUUGGCAUCUGCACCCCUGCUGUCAAAGCCUGUCGACGAGGAAUGUUUAUAUCUUUAUCUGGGGGUCACAGAAGAAGCGGUGAGUUCAGUGCUGCUAAGGGAAGAGAAUAAGAGUCAGAAGCCUGUCUGCUAUGUGAGCAAGGUGUUACAAGGUGCCGAGCAGAAUUACCCACUAGUAGAGAAGGCUGCUUUUGCCUUAGUUUACACGGCUCGUAAGCUGAGAGCUUACUUCCAAUCACAUCAAAUUGUUGUCUAUACUGAUCUGCCGUUGAGAAAAAUACUGCAGAAACCUAAACUCUCUGGUCGGCUUAUUGGAUGGAGUGUCAAGCUAAGUGAAUAUGACCUGAAAUUUCGGCCGCGCACAACCAUAAAAGGCCAGGCCGUUGCGGACUUCUUGGUAGAGUGCACCUCAAUAACUAACAAAGAGACAACACCUAAACACCCAGUCUGGGUUUUGUAUGUUGAUGGAGCAGCAAACAUUGAAGGGUCGGGUGCUGGGGCUGUGUUACUAGGCCCAGAUGGCUUCAAGUCUGAGCAUGCACUGAGGUUUAAGUUUCAGACGACCAAUAACGCUGCAGAAUAUGAAGCCCUCAUUUACGGACUGAAGCUGGCGUCCGAGCUGAAAGUACAAAAUAUUCAGGUUUUCAGCGACUCACAGCUUGUAGUGGGCCAGGUGAAUGGCAGCUGCGACAUCAGGGAUCCCCAGCUCAGUCGUUAUGCCUCUGUGGUCAACAAAUUGAAAUCGAUAUUUGCCCUUUUCCAAAUCGAUAAAAUACCAAGAGCAGACAACCACCGAGCUGACGAGCUGUCAAAGUUGGCCUCCUCGCAGGACAUUAACCCUCAGAGAUCAACAAUUGUCGAGGUACUCGACGCACCAAGCUACACUGAUUUCACAAUCGAGUGUCAAUUGCUAAGUACAGAUCCCUCUACACCGAGCUGGACCACCCCGCUCAUAAAUUAUCUACAAAGUGGCGAGCUACCUGAAGACCAGUCCGCUACAAAAGUGAUUAAGCGCAGGGCGGCACAUUUCACCUUGUUAGAAAACCAGCUCUACAAACGGGCAGCCUCUAUGCCCCUAUUACGCUGCCUUACCCCUUACGAAGCUGAAUACGCUGUGAGAGAAGUUCACGAAGGAGUAUGUGGCACGCACAUAGGUGGCAAGACUUUAGCUCGGAAACUCCUGAGGCAUGGUUACUACUGGCCUACUAUGGUCGAGGACGCACAGAACUAUGCCAAAAAGUGUCCGACCUGCCAGUUCAAUGCUGAUGAUAUACACAUGCCAGGAGAAAUGUUAUCAUCUCUCACGUCUCCCUGGCCCUUUGCCCAGUGGGGUGUCGACCUGCUCGGCCCCUUCACCAAAGGCAAGGGAGGCUGCACUUUUCUGGUCGUCGCAGUGGAUUACUUCACUAAGUGGAUAGAAGCUAAACCGCUAUCCACGACAACAGAAAGAAAAAUAGAAGAAUUCAUGUUCAAUUCAAUAUUGUGCAGGUUCGGCAUACCUAAGCGGAUUAUCGCCGACAAUGGGCCACAAUUCCGAGCAGCUGCACUGAGAUCGUUUUGUAACGACUACGGCAUUGAGCUGGCCUUGACAUCUGUGUACACUCCACAGUCCAAUGGGCAAGCUGAGUCCGUUAAUAAAAUCAUCUUGCAGGGACUCAAAACGCGCGUUUUGGCUGCACAUACUAAUUGGGUUGACGAGCUCAAUAAAGUGCUGUGGUCAUGUCGUACUACACCCAGCUCAGCCACAGGCGAAACCCCAUUCAGUAUGGCAUAUGGAGCUGAGGCUGUUAUCCCCGUCGAGGUCGGGUUGCCAUCCGAUAAAUCAGAUCGUCAUGACGAUCAGAAUAAUGAACAGCUCUUAAGAGAAAACCUAGACCUUGUGGAAGAAAUCAGGGAGAUGUUCCGAAUAAGAAACAUGGCACAUCAAAGUCGCGUUGCAAAAUUUUACAAUAAAAGAGUUCGAGCUCGCCAAUUUCAAGUUGGCGAUCUGGUCCUACGUAAAGCUGGGUUAACUAACACCCAUUCGCAUAUGGGCAAGCUCGCUCCUAAUUGGGAAGACCCCUAUAUGGUUGUUCAAGUUAAACGACCUGGUUCUUACAUGGGAAGUGUUAGCCGGAGAGUGCAAGAGGCGAGUGCCCCUAGCACUGCUCUAGUAAUCAAUGGAGGUUGCACAGACGAGAUAUGCUGCUUGCAUCGCUGCAAAAUGCGGACACCGUACGCGGAGACCAUCGAGGUUAGCCCUAAGGUUAUAAAUGGCGCUCAUCGGUGCCUCUGUCACGCGACAUAUAGAGGGAAGCCACGUUCUUGUGCGCCAUGAGUGUCGGUGGUGGUUAUAUAAACAUAGAAACCAACUGUAAUUAUUAACUUUGUACUUUGAGGAGUCGCAUGGUUUAGAUCUGAGUUGGGGGCGGAAUAAUAGUUUAAAAUCUCA